AUGAGAAAAGCUGAGGGGGGCGGGGACUAUCGGGGUGCUGAGGACUAUAAAGGGCGCAGCCAUGUGAGAAAGACUGGUCAGCAGGAGAUGGCCACCACAUGCCGCUGCCUCUCCCUGUUUCUCCUAUCCACUUGGGUGACUCUGCUGCUGCAGCCCCUGCAAGGUGCCUGGGGAGCCCCACUGGAGCCAAUGUACCCAGGGGACUAUGCUACACCAGAGCAGAUGGCCCAAUAUGCAACUCAGCUCCGCAGAUACAUCAACACACAAACCAGGCCUAGGUAUGGAAAGAGAGAAGGGGCAAACACAGCUGGACUUCCUAGAAUGCAGCUUGCCCCGUGCACCAGCCCUCUGGUUGGUUUGAUUCCUUGCCCAGCUCCCUGCAGCUAA